AUGAGCAGUGCCAGACAGUCUGAAGAAUAUCAGAAGAAAGCUAGACAGCGCACGCUUCAGUCAAUGAGCAAUGCCAGACAGUCUGAAGAAUAUCAGAAGAAAGAUAGACAGCGCACGCUUCAGUCAAUGAGCAAUGCCAGACAGUCUGAAGAAUAUCAGAAGAAAGAUAGACAGUGCUCGCUUCAGUCAAAGCACAAUGCCAGACAGUCUGAAGAAUAUCAGAAGAAAGAUAGACAGCGCACGCUUCAGUCAAUGAGCAAUGCCAGACAGUCUGAAGAAUAUCAGAAGAAAGAUAGACAGCGCUCGCUUCAGUCAAAGCGCAAUGCCAGACAGUCUGAAGAAUAUCAGAAGAAAGAUAGACAGCGCUCGCUUCAGUCAAAGCGCAAUGCCAGACAGUCUGAAGAAUAUCAGAUGAAAGAUAGACAGCGCUCGCUUCAGUCAAAGCGCAAUGCCAGACAGUCUGAAGAGUUCAGAGAAAAAGAGAAAGAGAAUGAGAAGAUGUCGAAAAGAAGGGCGAGAAUAGUAGAAGAAUUUAAGGUUUGGGAAGCAAAACAAAGAAGAGAGAAACGAACAAGUGAUGACAUUAAACAAAGAGAACUUGAAAUACAAAACAAGUCAAAGAGAAAAUUGGGAUCAAAUCCAUAUAAUUUAGAAAAAGAAAGAAUUGCAAAACAACAAUGGAGAAUAGAUGCAAGGAGUAAAAAUGCUGAAAAGGUUAUGGAUAGGAAAAGGAAAGUUCUAAAGAGAAAAGAUCCUUCAUUUUCAGAAGCUGAAUUCUUGCAAAGAAAGAGAAGACGAUGUGGACAAGAUAUUGACACUUGUAUUGAUCGCUUUCAAGAAAGAAUAUCAGUUGGGCCGCUAUAUAUAUGCAGUUGCUGUCAUCAAACAUGGUUCAAACACAGUGUGACAGAAGUAAAAUAUUUGACUUGUAAUGAGAAAGAAAAAUUUGUAACAGGGGUGGUAUCAGUCGAUAAUAAAGAAUGGGUUUGUAGAACAUGUAAAUCUAGUAUAAACAGUGGUAAAGUACCGAAAUUAUUUGUUUUAAAUGGGAUGAAAUGGCCAUGUAAGCCAAAGGAGUUGGAACUUUUCUCAUUAGAAGAGCGUUUAAUUGCAUUACGCAUACCAUUUAUGCAAUUAAGAGAACUCCCAAGAGGUCGCCAGUUGUCAAUUAAAGGAAAUGUUGUAAAUGUACCAAUUGAUAUUCAACCUGUAGUAAAUGCAUUACCAAGACAUUUUGAUGAAAAUGUUACGGUGCCAGUAAAAUUGAAGAAAAAAAUGUCUUUCAAGUCAUGUGCUUUCUCUGAAAAUGUUAGACCCCACAAAGUACUUGUUGCCUUACACUGGUUAAUGAAAAACAGUGAACUUUAUAAAAAUGCUAAUGUAGAAAUCGAUGUGCAUUGGAUUGAAAGUGUAACAGCAAACAGUAAUCAAAUAUUGAAUGAAUUCUUUGAGUAUCAAGUGGAAAUUUUAAAGGAUACCAGUUAUGAAGAUUUUGACUCUUGUAUGGCAGACCUUUUGGAGGAGUAUACUUAUGACCAAGAUUACAGCACUUUAUUGCGAUCCUGUUUUCAAACAUUAAUAAAGCAUGCAUCAAAUUUUGACGUUGAGGACUUUGAAAAUGUUUCUGCUGAAAUCCAUGACCAUUUUACAUGUGAAGAAAAAUCAAGACAUCAAACUUUAGACAUUGCAGAUAAUAGUGAAGAGCUGUAUGAUUCAGAUGCAGAAGAAGUCGCACAGGAAAAUGUUGGAAAUAUUGACACUUUACUAGACGAUGCCAACCUUGAAAAUCGAAACAUGACAUUUACAUUCGCACCAGGGGAAGGUCAACGACCACUUAGCAUAUUUCAAGAUACAGAUUCAGAAUAUCUUUGUUUCCCUAGCAUAUUUUAUGGUAAAAGACGUCUUGAAAACGAAGCAAGAAUUGUGCCAGUAAAUUAUAGUGACAUUGCAAAAUGGGAGUUGAGAAGUCAAGACAGAAGGGCUGCUAAUUGUGUGCCAAAUAUUUUCUUUAAACUUAAAAAGAUACAAAUGAAGCAGCUGAAUGAUAAAGCCAAUCUUGCUGUUAGAAGAUGUCGAACAGGUGCAAGUAAUGUGACUGCAGCUGAAGUAAUGAACUCCGAGUACAUUGAUAAUAUUGUCAGAAAUGAUGAAGGUUACUAUUUAUUUAAACAACUUCGAAACUCACCUUCUUAUUUGGAGUCUCGAAAGAAAGAUGUAUAUGCAAUGCUAAGACAGUUAGGUAUGCCAACAUGGUUCAUGUCAUUGUCUUCUGCCGACACUAGAUGGACUGAUCUUUUGAAAAUGUUAGCUACUUUAAAUGAUAAGGUCAACUAUUCUGAUGAGCAAAUUGAAGGACUUUCAUGGGAACAAAAGAUUAAACUUAUUCAGUCAGAUCCAGUCACUUGCUCUAGAUAUUUUGACCACAGAGUACAAGAGUUUAUUAAUACAGUUCUUAAGAGUGAGCACAAACCACUUGGAGAAAUUGCUGAUUAUUUUUACAGAGUUGAAUUUCAGCAGCGUGGGUCUCCACACAUUCACAUGAUUGUAUGGGUAAAGAAUGCACCAAAAUACAAAGUGGAUUCCAUUAAUGACUUGACCACAUAUGUGGAUCAGUAUUUGACAUGUUCUAUCAGUAAUCCAGCUGUUGGUUCACUUGUAGAAAUUCAAACUCACAAACAUUCUAGAACUUGUAGAAAAAGAGAAGACAGACUUUGUCGCUUUGGUUAUCCACUACCACCAAUUCCAAAGACUAUGAUUUUGGAACCUCUUGAAAUUGACAGAGACAAGUACCAUAAAUUAUAUCAGCAGUUACAGAAAAAAAUGAAUGAUGAAAAAGAUGGAUACAGUAUGUCAUAUGAGAAGUUUUUGACAAAUGUUGUGCAAGUGAGUGAGGAAGAUUACAUCAAAUGUAUCAGAAGUUCAUUGAAUUCACCAAAAGUAUUUUUGAAACGUCAUCCAAGUGAAAUACGUGUGAAUUUAUAUAAUGAACAUGUGUUGAAAGGUUGGAGGGCAAAUGUAGACAUACAGUUUGUGCUAGAUCCUUAUGCCUGUGCAAUGUAUAUAGUGUCAUAUAUUAGUAAGUCUCAAAGAGGUAUGAGUAAUUUGUUACAUGCAGCUGCCAAAGAAGCGAGGAAUUGGAACAUGGAUAUUAAAAGACAAGUAAGACAUAUUGGAAAUGUGUUUUCAAAUAGCGUUGAAGUAAGUGCUCAAGAGGCAGUUUAUUUGGUCCUUCAAAUGCCCUUGACCAAAAGUACAAGAGAUGUCGUGUUUAUUAAUACAUCCACUCCAAAUGAAAGGGUCCAGUUAUUGAAACCUGCUUCUGUACUUGAAAAUAUGCCAGCUGAAUCAACAGACAUAAUGUCUGACAAUGUUAUUAAAAGAUACUCAAAACGGCCAAAAGUAUUGCAGCAUUAUUGUUUAGCGGAUUUUGUGUCACUGUUUGAAGUGAUUUAUCCAGAUGGAAAUGGAGACUCUGAUGAAAGAAAUGAUGAUGAAAAUAAUAUGGAAGUAACAGAUGAUGAGGACUUAGAGGAAAUUGAAACAGUUAUAACUUUAAAAAGUGGAAUCAAAAUCAGACGUCGUCAAAACUCAAAAGUAAUUAGAUAUGUAAGAUUCAGUCGCAAAACAGAUGAAGAAAACCAUUACAGAGAAAAACUUCUAUUAUUUCAUCCGUGGAGAAAUGAAUUAACUAAUUUGCUGCCAGCAAAUUUCAGUACAUACAAAGAACACUAUGAGUCAUUGAAAGAAACAGUUGACCAGAAAUGCUCUUAUUAUGAACAUCAUGCAGAAGAAUUAGAAAUUGCUAGAGAUUUGGCAGAAGCAGAGUAUGAUGCAUUUGAUGAAUUAGCUCCUGGAACUCAGCAAGUAGAAGCUGAAACUGCUGAAGAAGAAACAGUAGAGUCAGAAACAUUUAUAUAUUUCAAUCCUGAUAGAGCAGUUGAGCACCGGGAAUAUGAUACUGGCAUUGAAAUUGGAUGUUCUGUCAGUGCUCCACAGAUACUUUCAAAUGAAAAUCUUCUUUCUGAUGAAGACUAUAGAUCUCUAUUGCAAUCAUUAAACAUAAAGCAGAAACAAUUUUACAAUCAUGUUAUACAUUGGGUGAAAACCAAAGAUGCACCUUUAUAUACUUUUCUCUCAGGUGGUGCAGGUGUUGGCAAACGUGUAGUUAUUAAAGCAUUAUAUCAGACCUUAUAUAGAAUACUUAAUCUGAAAGAAGGCGAGAAUCCUGAUGACAUUAGAGUUCUUUUAUGUGCAUACACUGGAAAAGCUGCAUUUAACAUCAAUGGUUCAACCAUUUCAUCUGCCUUCAAACAAAAAUACAAACAAGCAAAUCAAACAUUAACAUGUGAUGCUUUGAAUACUUUUAGAUCUAAGUAUAAAAACCUGUCAGUUGUGAUCAUUGAUGAAAUAUCAAUAGUAAGCAAUGGAAUGCUAAACUUUAUUAAUCAGAGACUGCAAGAAUUGAAAGGAACAAGAAUACCAUUUGGAGGUGUUAGUGUAAUUGUUGUGGGAGACUUGUUUCAGUUGAAACCUGUGAGUGGUGAUUGGAUAUUUAAUGAUUUAACUCGUGAUGCAGAAGCUCUCUCAAUAAACCUGUGGAAAGAACACUUUUCAUUGUAUGAAUUGACAGAAAUUAUGAGACAAAAGGAUGAUUUGAAAUUUGCAGAACUUUUAAACAGACUUAGAAGCAAUUGUUUGACAGAUGAUGACAAAACUGUUCUAAAACAGUGUGAAAUAAACACAGAUGCACAAAAUUACCAGAAGGACUCGCCACAUCUGUUUGCAGAAAAUUAUUACAUGCAUAUAUUCAAUGAAAAAAUUAUUGAUAGUUUAAACACGCAGAAAGUUUUAAUACCAUGUCAUGAUUCUGUUGUUUUCCCAAAACUUUCAAAUGAAAAACAGAAAGAAGCCAUACAGAAAUUGCCAACAGAUCCAAACAAAACAGCAAAUUUACAUUGUCAGUUACUAGUUGUAGUUGGAAUGAUUUAUGAUCUAAGAGUUAAUGUAGACACUGAAGAUGGAUUAGCUAAUGGAGCUUCUUGUAUUGUAAAACAUCUACAAUACAAGCAAGUAGAGACAAAUCGACCAAGUGUCAUAUGGGUGCAGUUUGAUGAGGCAAAAGCUGGAAAUGAAACAAGGAUAAAAUAUAGAAACCGAGGAUUUUACCAUUCAGAAAUAGACCAUAAUUGGACACCGAUAUUUGACAUCGAAAGGUCUUUUACAUACAACAAAAAGACAUUUGAAAGGAUUCAGUACCCUUUGCAACCGUCUGCUGAGCGUUCUGUUCAUAGAGCACAAGGUACUACUUUAGAAAGUGCUGUAAUUGACCUGUCUCAGCGGAAAACACGGAAAGUUCCACACCUACAUUAUGUUGCAUUGAGUAGAGUUAAAUCAUUAGAUAAGCUACAAAUUCUAAAUUUCAAUGAGCAAGCUUUACAAGUUGAUCAAAAAGUAAAGACUGAAAUGGAUAGGUUACAAAAUAGUGCUAGACUGGAGUUGUGCUAUGUUCCUUUAGAAUCGGUGGAUUCAACAUUAAAAGUAGCUUUCAAUUAUUGCAGGUCUCUACAUAAACAUUUUAAGGAUGUCAAAUAUGAUCAUACUCUCAUGUCAUCACAUAUAUUUGGUCUUGCUGAAACACGGCUGUGCUAUUCUGAUACUGAUGCUAAGUAUGAUGUAGAUGGCUUUCGCCUGAUACGAAAUGAUCAACCGUCACAAUCACCAACUCACAGACCUUCACAUGGAAUAGCUGUAUAUGUCAGAAAUGAAAUUAAUAUAUCUUCAUAUUGCUCGUUUAAUUCGGAAAAUUUUGAAUUCGCAAUUGUGAAGAUUGUGCAGGGUAAUCAAGAAGUGCAGAUUGUUGUGUUAUACAAAUCUCCAAGUAUGCCUGACAGUAUGUUUCGCACAUUCUUGAGAGAUGAACUGUUACAAAGAGUAAGUGUGUCAACACCUAUGGUUAUUUUAGGGGAUUUUAAUAUUGAUGUAGCGGUUAAAUCUAGACUUGUUCUAGAGUAUUUAUCAGAAUCGCUGGUGUGUGAACAACUUGUAAAUGAAUCAACAACUGACUAUUUGACAACUUUAGAUCUUAUUUUUUCAAACCUAGACGCUACAGUUGGGACAGUGGAAACCUAUUGGUCAGACCAUAAAAUAAUUUAUUUGUAUGAGAAAUAA